GGGAGAGGGAGAGACAUCAAAUUUGUCUGAGAAAGGUUAACAGGACUGACUGAGUAGAGUGGGAGUGUAAAAAUGUAAGAGCAAGUAGGAGGGAAAAGAGAGAGAGAGAGGAGAAGAGAAAGGGAGGAGAGCGUGUCUGAUAGACAGUCUGUUGAGCUUGUCUGGAUGCGUCUGAUCAUUCUGCUCACACAGGUGCAUGUGGAGCGUCUGUGAACAUGGAUGGACACGCUUUGUGACGAUGGGUCAAACAGAGGGACGGAUGGAUGGAUGGAUGGAGGAACGAAUCGUGACGACCUUGGACCUAACUCUCCGCAGCGCUUGCCAAGAGACUGUAGUCUGUGUCACAUGACCACAACACCUCCUCAACUUCUGCAGGGGGGCAUGCAGUGCCAGUGUGAGUGACAGGCAGCGUGAGCCAAUGAGCUUCACACCAAACCCAGCUCUAGUCCCAGACAGGGACAGACUCCCACUCAAAAAGAGGGACCAAAGACCGAUCUCACCACAGCAGCAGCAGCAGCAGCAGCACUGCGAUGCUGCAACAUUCAAGGCACCCUACCCUUACAAGAGCCACAGUGAGUUUAAAACAAAGCACACAGGCCCUUUCCAGCCCGUACCGAGACGGGUUCCUGCACUGUACCAGCCCUGGAUGCAGACUCACUCAUCCGCCAGGUCCAAACCUCACAACCUCUCUGCGUUCAGGGAUCAUCAUGGCCUGGCAGAGUGGAGAGAGUUCAACCCCCUGCACCCUGCAUGGGCUUUUUCUCACUACUAUCAGCACCACGGCCACUCGUCCGACACACCUGCACUCCACCUGGGCCAUCCACACCAUCCCUCCAGAUUCAGCCCAGUCUCCUUGGUCACUGAAGGUUUCCAAAGGGUGGGUGGAGGGUAUGGCUGGGAGCAGCUGAAGACAUUAAGGGACAAGAGUUUAAACACAGAGAGGCAGAGCAAUGUGAGGAAUAAAGGACCAUACGUGAAGAGAAGAGACAUAAAAGCUGAGCAUUUCCCCAGGGUUGAAAAAGCAAGUCCUCCAUCAUUGAGCACAUGCCUACCUCACUCUUCGCAUGAGGACCUUAAAAUGCAAUAUGAUGUGUUGCACAAAUCAGCAAAGGGUGUCAAACAUCCCACUUCUGGACAUUCCUUCAUAAGAGUUUCCCCUGACGACAACUCAAGCAACACAUACACCUCCAUGAAGGAGGACGCAUCCAGAUCUCCUGCUCUGCCCUCUUCUGAGCAGGCUUCUUCCUCCUCUUCCUCUCCUAACCACUUUCCCUGGCUGCUCCCUCACUUUAUGGCAGGCUCUCUGAUCGAGCUCAGAGACGGGCGGCUGAGGAGCGUGGAACACCUGCAGACGGAAGACUUCCUGCUGGGAUCACUGGCCUGUCCAGACCUGCGCCUGAGCUGCUGCACGGUGCAAAGCAUCUCUCCUUCGGCCUCCUCCGCCUCCAUUUCGCGGCUCCUUAUCCUGCUUCACGACCAGCCGUCCCAGGAGUUGGUGGACGUCUACGUGGAGUACCCCUUCUUUGUGCGUGGGAGAGGCUGGUCCUCCUGCAGCCCUCAGAGGACUGCCCGUCUCUGUGGCCUGCAUUGCCGCCAGCUCAGUGUUGGGGACGUCUGCCUGGCUCUCACCCCUAUCUCAGCCCCCCAGCCUCCAGCGUCGGCCACACUGGAGCCAAAAACCUCACCCAGAGUGAAAGAAGAUAGAUAG